AUGAGUGUGUGGCCCAGGCAGCAGGGAGGAGAGCAUGGGCUCAGUCUUCACUCAUCUCUGAGGAAUAUUUCCUUUAACAACACUGCUAGGGACCAGGUGGUUUUGGACAAGGAAAAGAAUCCUGUGGCUAAAUAUGAUAUCUUGAACUUUGGGGUGUUGUCUAAUUAUGAUGAAGUUCUGGUCAAAGUGGGGCAGUUUGACCCCCAUGCCCCACUUGGUGAAGAUUUCACCAAUUGUGAGAAGGAGUUGUAUCGCAACUGGCUUGAUUUGAAGAUCCUCCAGGCUGUGUGCACUGAGCACUGUGUCUCUGGAUUCAGGAAAAUUGCCCAGGAGGGACAGCCUAUCUGCUGCUUUGACUGUGCCCAGUGCUCAGAGGGAGAGAUUUCCAACCAGAGGGAUACGGACAAUUGUGUGAAGUGCCCAGAAGAUCAAUAUCAACAAGAAGACCAGUGCCUCCCAAAGGUAGUGACCUUCCUCAGUGUCCAAGAACCUUUGGGAUGGACUCUGACCUGCAUGGCUCUCUCCUUGUCUCUCCUCACAGUGCUGAUCCUCAUUAUCUUUGUGAAGCAUCAAGAUACUCCCAUUGUCAAGGCCAACAACCAGGUUCUCAGCUACACACUUCUCAUCUCUCUCAUCUUUUGCUUCCUCUGUUCUUUGCUUUUCAUUGGCCAUCCUACCACAGCAACCUGCCUUCUUCAGCAAACAAUAUUUGGAGUCGUUUUCACAGUGGCAGUUUCUUCUAUUUUGGCCAAAACCAUCACGGUGGUUCUGGCUUUUAAGGUCACAAGACCAGGAAGCAGGUUGAAGAUGUGGGUGCAGCCUAAGGUGUCCAAUUCUCUAGUCUUCCUCUGCUCUGUGAUCCAAGUGAUUCUCUGUGGGAUCUGGCUGGGGACCUCACCUCCCUUCUUAGGUACAGACAUUCACUCUGGACCUGGCCACAUCAUCACUGAGUGUAAGGAGGGCUCUGUCAUUGCCUUCUACUGUGUCCUGGGCUACACUGGCAUCCUAGCCCUGGGCAGCUUCAUAAUGGCUUUCCUGGUCAGGAACCUUCCUGACACCUUUAAUGAAGCCAAGUUCAUCACCUUUAGCAUGCUGGUCUUCUGCAGUGUGUGGGUCUCUUUCCUCCCCACAUACCAGAGUUCCAAGGGGAAGGCCAUGGUGGCCAUGAAGGUCUUUGCCAUCUUGGCCUCCAGUGCUGGGUUACUGAGUUGCAUCUUUAUUCCCAAGUGCUAUGUGAUCCUGCUAAGGCCAGAAAGGAACGCACUAGAAAGGUUAAAGAAUAAAGCAGGUUCUAGAGCCAGGAACUUUGCCCCAGAGGCUCUUCCAGGGGCAUGA